AUGGCAGGAGCCACCAGAGGUACAGAAUUAAGAAUCCUGCUUGUUGGAAAAACUGGAGCAGGAAAAAGUGCAACUGGAAACACCAUCCUUGGGGCCCCAAAAUUCGUAUCUGAUGUCUCAUUGAAAUCGGUAACAAAGAAAUGUGAAAAACAGGAAAGUUUCCUUGGACCGAGGAAGCUUGUGGUUGUAGACACGCCGGGCUAUUUUGACACUUCGAUUAAGAACAGCACGGUCUCCCAAAUCAUCAAGGGCUCAGUCGAUUCCUUCGGUCCCGGUUUCCAUGCCAUUAUUCUGGUUCUGAAGCUGGAUCGCUUCACUGAAGAGGAAAAGGCAGUUGUGAGGGAGGUGCAGAAGAUUCUUGAUGUCAAAGCCAGAGACUUCAUGAUCCUCCUCUUUACUCGGAAGGAAGAGCUGAAAGGGAUGCGUCUACAAGACUUCAUAGGCACUGGAGACGCGGAGCUUCGAGAUUUGGUCCAGUAUUGUGGAAGCCGUUGCAUUGCUUUCAACAACCAUGCUACUGAAAUAGAAAAGAACUUCCAGGUUCGUGAGCUGAUUAAGAUGAUUGAAAACAUAGCUCCUGAAUUGCGGAUCCUGCUUGUCGGGAAAACUAGAUCAGGAAAAAGUGCAACCGGGAACACCCUCCUUGGGAAGAAAAAAUUCGAAUCCGGCGUCUCAUUUCAAUCGAUAACAAAGAUAUGUGAGAGACAGGAACAUUCAGUUGGGAUGAGGAAAAUCGUCGUUGUGGACACUCCCGGCUAUUUCGACUCCUCACGCAAGAACAGUGUCACCUCCAAGCACAUCAAGGACUCUGCCCAACUCCUCGGUGAUCGGUUCCACGCCGUCCUUCUGGUCAUGAAGCUGGACAGUUUCACUGCAGACGACAAGACCGUGGCGAAUGAGGUUCAGAAGAUUCUCAAGGGCCACGCAAGCAACUCCAUGAUCCUGCUGUUCACCCGGAAAGAAGAUUUAAAGCGCCAAACUCUGCAAGAGGUCUUAGCCACCGGAGACCAGGCUCUUCAAGACUUGGUGCACCAGUGCGGAGGCCGCUACCUGGCUUUCAACAAUAAUGCCACUGGAGGGGAACGGGAGGCUCAAGUGGCCGAAUUGAUGGCCAUGAUCGAUAACAUGGAUGAGAGCCACCAGGGAAAGCCUCUCUACACCCCGCAAAUGCUUAAAGAGGAUGCUGCAAAGAUUGGCUGGUGUUCAAUUCUAUAA